AAAGUCAUAUGCUCAUGCUGUCUUGCUUUCCAAAGAAACAAGGUGUGUUAUACGCGCCAGAGGAGAAAUACGGACAUCAUUCACUGAAAAUUGGUAGGCUAUUGCAGUAUUGCUAUUGGAAACAUCAAGCAGCAAGCCUGAGGUUAAUGAAAAAAGCUUAAAAAAAGAAAAGAAAGAAAAACACGCCACCAUGGGCUGCGCUGGAUUCACCUGCUCAAAGAAUUCCCUCUGCGCUCUCAACAUCCUCUAUGUUAUGGUGAGCUUGCUGAUGAUCGGAAUCGCUGCCUGGGGGAAAUGGUUUGGCCUGGUGUCUAGCUUUCAGGUGGUGGGGGGCGUCAUCGCUGUCGGGGUCUUCUUGUUCAUUGUUGCUCUGGUCGGUCUCGUUGGAGCCAUGAAGCAUCAUCAAGUCCUGCUCUUCUUUUACAUGAUUAUCCUGUUCAUGGUGUUUGUGGUGCAGUUUUCUGUGUCCUGUGCUUGUCUGGCCAUCAACAAAGACCAACAGGAGCAACUGCUUGAGGUGGGCUGGAACAACACUUUAAGCACUCAGGCUGAUGUGGAGAAGACACUGAAUUGCUGCGGCUUUCUUCACGUUGACUACAACGUCACCUGUCCUGCAGCCUGUUUCCCUCAGCAUUCUUGCUCCUCAUGCGCUGAUAAGAUCCAAGAACACGCAGGAGAGGUGCUGCAGUUUGUAGGUGGAAUUGGCCUUUUCUUCAGCUUCACUGAGAUCCUCGGGGUGUGGCUCACGUAUAGGUACAGGAAUCAGAAGGACCCGAGGGCCAAUCCCAGUGCCUUCCUGUAGCUCCCAUCACGGGCUAUGGUUGUUAUGGUGACCCACCGCUACAUUCGCCUGCACUUCUCUGAAUCCCUGAACUUUUUUUAAAGUUUUGUUUGGAUGUAUAUAGACGUGCGUGUGUGUGUGCGUGCGUGCGUGC